UUGCACAUUCUCAUCAUCAUCAUCAUCAUCACUUUAUCAUAAGAUAUUAUCCUUCUAUGCUAUAAUCUGUAUUAUAUAUAUAUAUAUAUAUAUAUAUAGAAAUCUUCUCAUACCUUAAUAUUUAUUCAACAGCAAUCUCUUACCAAAAGAAGCAACUCCUUUUCCUGUUCUGCAGAACCAUCAUUCAGUUCUGUACACAUAUUUUCAACUUUAAUGGCAGAAAUUGAAAUCCCUCAGUAUUUUGUUUGUCCCAUUUCGUUUCAGAUCAUGGAAGAUCCUGUGACUACUGUGACAGGGAUUACAUAUGACAGAGAAAGCAUAGAAGAGUGGUUGCGCAAGGCCAACGAUUGUGUGUGUCCUGUUAGCAAACAACCACUUCCAAGAAGCUCUCAAUACUUAACCCCUAACCACACACUUCGGAGGCUUAUCCAAGCUUGGUGUUCGGAAAACACUGCCAAUGGUGUUGAUCGAAUUCCAACCCCGAAAACCCCUUUAAGCAUGAUCCAAGUUCAGAAGCUUCUGAAGGGUCUUGAGGCUCCUCAUUCUUUUGGAACAUCGUUGGAGAAGUUGCAUGCUUUGGCUACACAAAGCCAGAGGAACAGAACCUGCAUGGCUGAGGCUGGUGUAGCCAAGGCCAUGGUCAAACUGAUUAACAACAGUUUCAAAGAUGGAAACACAAACGCCAGUUCCGUUGAAGAAGCUUUGAGAAUUGUUCAUCUGCUUUGGAACAACCACAGCAGCAUGAAAUCUCUAGUUGGGGAGAGCUUGGACUUCAUCAACUCGUUGACUUGGGUUUUGAAGGUUCAUUUGGAUGACAGCAACAGAAACGUGGUAAACGAAGCAAUGCCCCUUUUGAAGUUGACAAUCGAGGUUGCUGAUUCAACCCUUUUGGGAAAUUUAAGCUUUGAAUUCUUCAAGGAAAUGGUGAGAGUAUUGAAGAAAAUAGAACUAUCUCAGAAAACUAUCAAAUCUGCUUUGCAUGUGCUUGUACAAACCAGCGUUUUGGGUAGAAACAGAACGAGGAUUGUUGAGGCGGGUGCAGUGACAGAACUCAUAGAGCUUGAGCUUGAGAAGCCAGAGAAGAACAUGACAGAGCUCAUAUUCAACCUUUUGGCUCAUCUGUGUUGUUGUGCUGACGGGAGAGAACAGUUUCUUAGACAUGCUGCGGGCAUUGCAGUUGUUUCAAAGAGGGUUUUAAGGGUUUCUGCUGCCACUGAUGAGAGAGCAAUUCAUGUGUUUUCAGUGAUUGCUAAGUUUUCAGCAUCAAACGAGGUUGUUCUAGAGAUGCUAAGGGUUGGAGCUGUGUCAAAGCUUUGCAUGGUGAUGCAAGCAGAUUGUGGUGCUUAUUUGAAAGAGAAAGCAAGAGACAUCCUUAGAUUGCACUCCAAAGUUUGGAACAAUUCUCCUUGUAUACAACUGUAUUUGUUUACUAGGCACCAAAGGUGAUCAAAAUUGAACCCCAAUGUCGUUUACAUGAAAAUAUUACUAUAUGAUCCAAGAUCAUUAUUUAGUCUCCUCAACCAAUCAUGUAACUUGUAGUUGAGUACUAUUAACGGUUUUACAAAUUAAAAACCUCGAUUAUAUGUGAAGAUUAAUUAAAAGCAUAAACAUUAAAAGUGAGAAACCAUGUAAUAAUUGUCCUAUAAACUUUGGAGAAAUUCUAGUAGAUUAAUCCUAAAGUUGAGAAAAACAAAAUAGUAUAAUACAAAUUAUUUUUCUUAGGUCCUGAACACCUAGGCUAAGAUUUUAUCAUUCCGAUUGAGCUUAAACUAAUAAAUCAACUAUGUAAUUUGAAUUGAGGAAACCUUUCUCUUAUUUGAAUUGAGGAAACGUUUCUCUUUUCUUUUAGAAGAGAAAACCUUAGGUAGCUUAAAAAUAAAAAAAGAUACCAUACUUAGUAUAUUGUAUGAUCGUUCACUCAUUUACAAAUCGGACGAUCAAUUGUUAAUCAGACGUCAACAAACUACUCUUGUGAUCAGAAGAUCAUAGAAUCUGAUGACCAAAUGGUCAACAAUUAAAAAGAUUAACUCUAAUUGUUUAUCAAUUUAAGAUAAAGUGUGAUUAUCAUCAAUUAGGUUGCAAUUAGGUCGUUGCUAGUCAAAAACCCACAUCUAAAUCUAUAAAUAUAGGUCUAAGGUAGAUAAUUGUAUUUACUAUACUACAAUAAGCGUUAGAUGUUGAUCUCAACCUUACACUCCAAUACACUUGGUAAAUUAAAAUUUGAUGUAAACAUAAAAAAUAUAAAUAUCAUCAAUGUAUAUAGAAGUUUUGUACAAAGAACGACAAGGACACAUGAAAAAAAUAUGAUAAAUUACAUUUUUAUGCACUUUCCUAAAUAAACAUUCAUUUCAUAAAAUUAUUUUAUUAAUAAUAAUAUAUAAAUAAUUAAAUUUAAAAAUAAAAAGUUAAACUUAAAAUAUUAAUAUAAUUAAUUAUCAUAAAAUGUAUUCAUUAUAAACAUAUUGCCAAUUUACCAAUGCUUUCUUAUAUAAAACUGGUAAACAGUGUUUAAAAUUUGGGAAAUUCGUGGCUUGAUUUUUCUUAACUCCUUAUUAGGAAUGACAAAAAAAAUUCAUGGGUGCGGAUUUUCGAGUUUAUGUACGAAACUAGACAAAUUUGAAGUAUAAAUUACCGAUUUAGGUAAAAAAAUAUCAAAUUACAAAAAUAAGCAAGU